AUGGCGCAGCGCAUUCUUCUUAUCAACGGCCCCAACCUCAAUCUGCUUGGGACUAGAGAACCUCAAAUCUAUGGCUCAACAACACUAAAUGAUGUCAUCAAUCAAGCCAAAGCGCAGGCAGAUCAGCUUUCUGUACAAAUCGAGGCCUUCCAGUCCAACCACGAAGGAGCCAUUGUAGAUAGGAUUCAGGCGGCGCGAGGAGAAAUCGACGGCAUCGUCAUCAACCCUGGAGCCUUUACGCACACAAGCGUGGCGAUCCGAGACGCCCUACUUGGCGUAGGAAUACCAUUCAUAGAACUCCAUGUCUCAAAUGUACAUGCUCGAGAACCAUGGAGGAAGCAUAGUUACUUGAGCGACAAAGCACAGGCAGUCAUUUGUGGGUUAGGAGUGUUUGGAUAUACAGCAGCAAUCGAAUUUGCGGCGAGGCAUAUGAAGAUCAAUGCCGGGGCAUCAAAAUUGUAA